CACACAGGUGAGGGAAAGCCUCUCUUAGCUUUAAGCUGUAUUAGUGGGCGGAGCUGCCUUCUGUCUCGCACGUAAGGAAAGCGGAAGGGGACUCCGCCUUCUACGUGCCUGGAGGGGCGGGGUCGGUGGACUAGGCGUGAGUUGAUUGGCUGGGGGCGGGACGCGCCGGGUUAGCUCCGCCCAGGCGCUUGCUCAGAUCCCCGGUGGAGUGACUGAGGGAAUCCGUUUGGCUCCUGCAGCCUCCCAGCGAUGGCGCCGUGGUGCCGCGCCCAGUUCUCUGCCUACCAGCCGAUACCCACCACUCUCCGUAGCUCACUCAGACUGUGAGAAGUGGGGCAGGUCCGAGGGAGCGGCCGGACGCUGUCUGUGACUGGGACCAUGAAGAGCGGCCAGACCAGUGGCGCUGAUAGCGGGAGCAGCCGCGGCACCUGCUGAGAGGAAAGGGAGCGGCUGGGGCGCGGGGCGCGGCGGAGGCUCGCCGGCGCCUCGGCCAUGUCGCUGCUCUGCGUGCGCGUUAAAAGAGCCAAAUUCCAGGGAUCACCAGAUAAAUUUAACACAUACGUGACCCUGAAAGUACAAAAUGUGAAGAGCACAACUGUAGCAGUUCGAGGUGAUCAGCCUUCCUGGGAACAAGAUUUCAUGUUUGAGAUUAGUCGCCUGGACCUGGGUCUAAGUGUGGAGGUAUGGAACAAAGGACUGAUCUGGGACACAAUGGUGGGGACUGUGUGGAUUGCACUGAAGACUAUUCGCCAGUCGGAUGAGGAAGGGCCUGGGGAGUGGUCCACUUUGGAGGCAGAGACAUUAAUGAAAGAUGAUGAAAUCUGUGGAACUAAAAACCCAACUCCCCAUAAAAUUCUGCUUGAUACAAGAUUUGAGUUGCCUUUUGAUAUCCCAGAAGAGGAAGCCAGAUAUUGGACUUACAAAUUGGAUCAAAUCAAUACACUGGGAACUGACAAUGAGUAUUGUAUUCAAGAAGAAAGCCAGAGGAAGCUAUCACCCACUGCUGCCGCCCAGUGUUCUUUUGAAGACCCUGAUAGUGCUGUUGAUGACCGAGAUAGUGACUAUCGUAGUGAGACCAGCAAUAGCAUCCCACCUCCUUACCAUACGACGUCCCAGCCCAAUGCUUCUGUGCACCAGUUCUCUGUGCCAGUGCAAUUGCCACAGCAGCUGCUACUUCAGGGCAGUUCCCGAGACUCUUGCAAUGACUCUGUGCAAAGUUAUGACCUCGAUUAUCCAGAGCGGCGGGCCCUCAGAUAUCCCCAGAAAUAUGAUACAGCUGAUAGGAGAAGGAAAAAGAAACCUUUAUACAGUCAUUUUGAUAACAGUGAAAGCAGGCAAUAUGAUGAUAGAUCUAGAACUGAGACUAAAUCAAAAGAUACUGAAAAUAGUAACCUUUGCCACAUUAAAAAUAAGAAAAAAAAUCACCCAGCUUUGCAUCCUUACAAAAAUAGAUUUGUGGUUAAGAGUGGCGUGUGGACCACUCAGCUGGAAAGUUAUGAUCAUGAUCUUCCUGGCCGUUUUGAGGACUGUGAAAAGUCUUCUAGCUCAAACCAGCAUGUCACCAAUUUUACUCCAUUAGCUAUUCUUGAAGAUUCUACUAGCAGUACUUCUGAUGAAUUUCUGGGUUCCCCCAUUUCUGAUAAGCAGGAUGGUUUACUGUCACCAACAUGUCUUCCAUCUAAUAGCUACCACUUUGGGGGCUUUCCUGAAGAAUCUUAUGUAGCAAAUCCAGCAUUCUUAUUACAGAGAGUGAAUUGUGAUGCAAAUAUACUUAGAAAUAUGUCCAGAUGUUCUGUGGAAAAAACCACCCCUUCCUCUAUGGAGGAACCUAAGGAGGAUUUUAUUGAUACAAUGGAUGAGCUUCAGUGUUUAGUGGAAACAGUGUCAGAAUAUUUAGCAGAAAAGGAGGAGGAGAUAAAUAGAUUUGGUUCCCUUUCAAAAACUAAGAAAUCACAUAAACACAGUUGCACUGUUGAUAAGGCAGAACAGAAAAUGGCUGGGGAUCAAAUAUCACCUUUAACCAUUGUCAAGAGUGAGGAGAAGGCCAUCUCCUUCCCGGAGCCGAAUGGAAUGAAAUGUGCUGUUGGUUCUUUAUUCAGUUCACUCACAGAAAAGGUGGGUUCAGGUACAAAGCAUCUAACAAACUCUGUGGAAAAGCUGAUUUAUUUAGUUCCAGAGAAAACAGAAACUCUUAAUCAAAUGGAGACGAUUAAUUUGGGCUCUAAGCCCAGAGGGAAGUCAGUAUUGGAGAAGGAUCUUCCUAUGCAAUCUCUAUCAUCCUGUCAAACAGUUGAUAGUAAGGAUGUUGGCAGACAUGGCAAAACCUCUGAAAAUGAGCACACAGACAAUACAACUGGGGGUUUAAGCAUUAAGGAUACAACAGAAACUGUUGAAAAGGACUCAGCUCCACAGAGUCAGAGCUCUGUUAUAAAGUCUGUUUUCAGCAUGCUAAAUCCAUUAAAGAUCUUUUCAGAAAUGGAGAGAGCCAAAAAAGAUGACCAGAACAAACCACUGAGAAAGGAAAUGUUUGUUGGUUGUGGUUCAGAGUCAAAUCAAAGGGAAGACACCAUUGGCAAUCACAGUAGUAGCAUUCUUGGUUUAGAUAGGCAUGACGGGGAAAUUACAGGCUGGUCCCAAAUGUCCACAAGUGAGGAUUUUUCGUCCUCCCACGUGGCCAGUGAACCUUCAAGCUUAGCCAGCUCUUCAAGUAAGAGAGAUAAUAUUGAGAGUCUAUUGGAAGGAAAGCCCUGUACAGAUCUGUCUCUGUUGCCGGAUCAACCAAAAAUAUGUGCCGUAGAUACUCCAGGGCAUCCUUGUGUGGCUGGCAGUAGAACUGCAAAUAAACAAUCUUCUUCAAAGCCUUUAGAGGAGGACAGAGUUACUGGUAGUGAUGAUUUCCUUGAGCCACACAGAAAAUCCUUUAGCCAGUUUUUGAUUACUUCUCCUGAGACCUAUUCAAAGGAAACUUUGUCAGAAUCCAUGAAAAUUCACCAGUUGGAGGAAGAUGCUUUGGAAAGGGGCUCUAAGAAAGAUGGACAUUCCUUUUCAUUUGGUGCAAAAUUACAUAUUCCAUUUUUCAGAGUUCUUAGUCAUUCUGAAAAGCAACAGAAUUUAAGAGAGAAAGGAAGCAUUUUCCAUUUGUUUAAAUUUCCUUUCACUGACAACCAUAUCUCUGUCAAUGACCAGAGUUUUAAUGGCUCAACAGUAAUCACUGAUGAAGAGAUCCAAAGAAAUUGCCAAGAAGAUGACAAACAAAAUUCAGUAAAAUCUAAUUCAUUUCCAGAUAUUCAAAAUAAUCUAGGGAAAUAUGGCAAUACAGAGGAAUUUAAUAGGAAUGACCCAAUAAUUUGUCCUAAAGAUACCAAACUUAAUUUCAUAAAGUCUUACACAGUUCUAAGUGUUAAUAAUGAUCUUGGGAAAUUUGGGAAUGUAGGGGAAUUAAAUGCAAAUGACUACACAACAGUAAAGACUUGUCAAAGAGAUGCCUUAAUCAUCCCUGGAGUUGUGCCCAGAGAACAUAUAACUUCAGAUCCUUCAGGAGAAAGUAAGAAUCUUACACAAGUAACAUCUUUAACUUCAACAGUAUUAGACUUUUCAUUAGCAUUUACUUCUACCAUUUCAAAAUCCACUUUGGUUAAUGAAAUCAGUGAAGACAAAAUUGUAAAUAAAGCUUCCAAGAAAAGAACCCAAGGAAGCCUACUUUCUGGCCUGUUUAGGUUUUCUUCUGAAAACUCAUUUGGCCAACGAGAAUUAAGUUUGAAAAAUGAUGACUACUAUCCUAGGAAUAGUAGCCCCAGCUUACUGUCUGGAAUAUUUAACUUGAUAUCAAGUAGCAGUAUGGCUGAUUGCAAACCAGAUGAAGCGAAGUCCAUGGCUUUAGGCAUCACAAAGAGUUUGAGUGGAAAUAAGCAUUUAUCUUUGGAUGAGGUCCCUGUUACUUCAUGUGUGACUUCUGAGAACCAGAGGAACUAUGUUGAAAAACAAGAAACUUCUGACUUCCUAAAAGGUUUCUUAUCUUUACCUAAAACAGAAUAUGAAAACAUACCAUUAUGUGAUUCUUGGGUUAAUAAUUACCAUUGUUCUCUCACAAGAAAAAAACAGCUAAAUGAAAAACACUUUCACUUUUCUGAGAAUGAUCUACUUCACUGUACUUCAAAUGAUGAGGAGAGCCUCUUACAGAAUUCUUUGGCUAAGGGGUUAACGCCACACUAUGUUCUUGAGGCAAAACUACAUGAAAAUUCAAACAAGUUAAAUUCACCUAUACUAAAUACUAAAAUUCUUAAUAAAUCAAACCACUGUCAGGCUUCUGAAGAGAUGAACAAUCCUUUAUGUUUUGAAUGGAAUUCUAACAUGAAAACUUUCUCAAAAAAUUCCAGAAAACUUCAGCCAGUUUAUUACAUGUUGAGUCAAAAUACACUUCCAUCAGCUGAUGUUUUCUUAUGGCCUGACUCAGAAAACUCUGUAAUAAAUAUCUGCCAAAAACAUCAAAAUGCAAAUAUCUUAGACUGGAGAACAGAUCCAAACAGUGUCAUUUGGUGUGAUUUACCAUAUGAAUCAUUUGACCAAUUAGCAUUUAAUGAAGAUUACUUAUUAAGAGAUGAUAUGUGGGCAGCUAACUCAUUACAUGGAAAUUCUAGUCAUCUUCCAAUUAAUGAGACUAAGAAUUCACUAGAAGAUUUUCCCAUUGACUUAAGUUAUUCUUCAAGUUAUGAGAAGACUGCAUGGCCCAUAGUAGUUGAUCAAGAAUCACUAAGAAUGGAUGAAAGCUCUGUUUUCUCAAGUUUUGGUUAUGAGUAUCAGGAAUGGUUGUCAUGUGUUGAAAAUGGAGUAUGGUGGCCAUCUGAGGAUGGGAAUUAUGGAUAUUAUAUGUACCAUGAUGGUCAAUAUAUAUAUUCUGUCCUCACUGAUUCAACUGGGCAGUAUGCAUAUUUGUUUAUACCUGAUUGUUCUUAUCAAGCGUGUUUGAAUUGUGAUUUACAGACAAACGAUCUGUCAAGCAUUAUGUUGGAAGACAACAUGGUUUCUGCCUGCAGUUUUAAAGUUCUUGACAAGGAAGAUGAAUUAUUGUGGUAUGUUGAAGAGGAACCAAUUGAUUUAUCUGUAGUUUUGCCAAGAAGUGAGAGGCCAAUGUGUCUAAAUUUAGAAACCUUUUCACCAGUACUUGAAGAGUCAUGUUUUGGCCAAAGAGAUCAACCAUUAGAUUUUUCAGGCUAUAAUCCUCAAGAGUUUAAAGGAGAUUUUGCAUCUUUCAAAGAAAGACCAUAUGGUUCUGAAGGCCUUGAAUGUGUAUUGGACCUGAGAUAUGAGCCCAAAACUGCUACUAAUUAUGUUUUAAAUGGAAAUCAAAUUGUAGAGGGAGAUAAGAAGCAACCUUUAGCUAAGGAUUCAUCAAUUUACCUUUCCAAUAUCUAUUGCCUCCAGUCUUCUGAAGAUGCAGCCUCUUUGGUUCAGCCUGAAAAUAUGACUAAAGGCUCACAUCAUGCAGAAGAGAUGUCAUCAGUGAACAAAGUGACUUCAUUAUUUUCUGCUUUGAGUACCUUGGCUGGAAGGACUUUGAAUUUUGAUAAAAAUGAAUCCUUAGAGUCUUCAGUCAUGCAGAAAAUGGAUCAGCAGUCAAAAUUAGCAGAGCUCACAAAUGAUGGUCUUCAGUCAUUAAUUUCCAGUAAGCAAUUAGAGGGUAACUUCCAAAAUGAGGAAGAAAGUCUUAAGAGAGAUUCAAAGAGAGAGAUGGUAUCUAAUGUUCAACGACCAGAAUUUACUAAAAAUAUAAAGCAAGGAUUCCCUUUAAAGAAAAGCAUUCAAGUGAAAAAACGAAGUUUGUUAAAUUCUGUUUCUCAGGUAAGCCAAACAAUUCCUCAGGGUAAAUCAGGUAUAGAAAAUGAUGAAAUCAUUACAGUGGACCCUAAUAUAAUUCCUCAUGCAUCGCAGUGUAGUAGGGAUGAACCCAAGAAUUGUGAGCUUCCCCGGGACCAGUCUUUCAAAGUGCCUGAGAAAACAGUAUUUAAAAAUGCGUUAAAACAAUUUGGUUGGGGAGAAGAAUCUUCAGCAAGUACAUUAGCAAAUGAAAACCAAGCAUCUGGAUUUUUGAACAUCUUUAAAACCCAGAUGUAUAAAGAGGGAUCAGCAAACUUGGAAAAGAAUGGUAUCAAAAAUGGAAAGAUAUCAUCUCAGGAAAAGAAAGAAUCUUCUGGUGUUUCAGCUUUUUUUGGUAGCCUUGGGGAUUUCUUUAAAACCAAUGUAUCCCCUAUACAGACAACUGAAAAUAUGCCUGUUUCUUCAAUAAGUAACAAAGAUGAGGUCGGAUCAAGUCCUAAUUCUGUACUGCUAAUCAGUCAGGAUGUUGGGAACUUUCCUCCUGCACCUAUAUCCUCUAAAGGGAAGGUUAGAGUUAGACGUCUGGACAAGCAGACUACUGUUGAUGACAGUGGCGUGAAGGAGUCAUCAACUAGGGAGAUGCUGGCUAAUAAUUUGCCUGGAAAAGAGGUACCCUUCAGAGACAACCUAAUCCAGCAGUCACCAAAUUCAUUUUUAUCAACAAUUCAUCUCAAAGAGUCUUCCAGAGAUUCUUCAGUAGAAACUAAUGGUGUUUCUACAGUAACAGAAGUUUCCAGAAGUAAUAAAAUGUCUUUGGAUAUUCUGAGCAGGAGAAAUUCAAAUGAACAAGAAAAUCAUUUUCCUGACAAAGGUGGAGGUUUUACAACUGCCACAGCAUCUUCAUCCCAACCAGAGUUGCCAACCAGAACGAGUAUAUUGUCUUUCCUGACUGGAUCUGAAAAAUCUGGGAAGAGAACCUCUGCUGCUUUCCCAAGAGCCAAAUCUCAAGCAGAAGGGUUAUUCACACUUCCUUCCUUUUUUUCCACUACCAGCUCAAGCACCAAGAAGGAUGCCUCUCAUAAUAGCUCUACUUUUAGUUUCUUUAGCUUGUCCUUCUUGGAUGAAAAGCAGCAGAAUUCUGGGGAAAAACAAAGCCUUUCAACUGUUCCUCCAGUGACUUCCCAGCCUUAUAAGAAGCCAGGUAUUUUUGUAGAUAUCGGUGGCACAAUGACUAGAGAAGGUUCCAAUGGCAAUAAAGAUAGCAUAGCCCAGGAGGUAGUUCAUGACCAGCAAAUGACACCUAGUGUUUCCAAUAACAACACCAUUGAGAUUACCUCCCUCACAGAUGAACUCAGUAUAGAGAACUAUCAGGGAAAACAGAAUUCUGGUAAUAAUGGACCAGGGACAUCUUUAGCAGAUUCCCAGAUGACUCAGUUGCAAAAAGACAUUGUUCCUCAUUCACCAUUAUUUCAGGCACAGGCUGAAACACUCCGCAAUGGUCCCGAGACCUUUGGGAUGGCUCCCUAUGAAGAAGAGGCUUUCAACCAGAAGACCUUCCCUUAUGACUCACUUGUCAAGUCUUUGUCACAUGAUAGCCAUUUAAUUGAAAAGCUCAACAAUUUAGACACUUGCACUAACCACCACCAAAAUGAAAGAUUUACUAGUAAGCCAUUGAACUUGCCAUUAGAAAAGACCCCUAAUGAGGUGAUACCACAGAUCCUGGAACCAGCCUUUUCCUCUACUGAGCCAGGGUGUGCGGGGCACCUCCAAAGCCAAGAUGCAGAUAAAGAAGAAGAUAAAUCAGUGUUGGGCUCUUCAGCAGAAAUGCUUUCAGGGUUUGUGACCAAAAUGAAAUCUUUCUCUGGGUGCUUAAUUGAACCCCCCAAAACUUUCACUGAACUUUUCUCUUCCCCUAAACCAACAAAUAAAAAACCAUUUUUCCCUCUUUCUUCUGGUACAUCAUCUCAGCCCCUCAUGGAUGAGUUAUUUGGAAUUUUCAAAAGUUCCAAACCAGAGAUACAUAAGGAAGAGUCAUCUAGUCCACCUACUUCAUGGCUUCAAAAUGGUUGUUCUAGAGAUGCUCUAGAAUCAGUCCCUCCAGAAAGUUUGUGGAGAGCAGCUACCUCUGCCGUGCUCAGUUCAGAAUCUACUCUCAGUGACUGUAGAAUGACUGUGCCUAGUACCAAGUCAAACCCAGAUACUUUGAUAGAUGACCCUAAACUAACAACCAAAAUGGAAAACAGUAAUAUUCCUGAAAAUAUUCCAGAACCCCAAGGUUCUGAAACAAUUUGUGCUUCAUCUUCUGUCUCUGGGGAUGAUACUGUGCAAAGAGUAUUGUCUCUGAGUGAUGAAGGAGACAUGGGGGUGUUGCAGGCUACAGACACAGAGGCAUCAUUGGAAGCAGAGCCAGCACAGUUGCAUCCAGAUCCUACCUGGGUUGCCAAAGAGCUUCCUCCCCUAAUUCAGCCUCUUCUUCCUCUUAAGCCAGAUCCAGCUAUACAGUCUGCCUCCACAAAUCAAAACAUCUUGGAGCUGCACGCAGUUAAUUUGACAGAAACCAAUAUAACACCUUUUGAUGAGAAAAGUGUCAGCCAGAGCACUACCACACUGGAAACUCAAGGGUACCUUUCUCAUCCUGUGCUAGAGGAAACUGUACUUUGUGCAGAAAAAAGUUGUGGGAUACUUGAUGCCCAGAAAGAUCCACCUGCAAUCCCCCAAGAAAGAGAGCAUCCAAGACCUCGAUUUGAGAUCCCAAAUAUGACCAGUUGGCCAAAGCUCUGCUUCCCAUCCUCUGCUACUGACCAUGGGAAACCACCGGGCUCUUUCUUUUCUUCACCUUCCCCCUCUGGCAAUAGAACAGCAGAAACUGGUUUAAUGUCCAGUUUUAAGAAGUUGUCAACUCUAUUUGAGGGAGGGAGUGAGGGGAAAGAGAGUGUACUGGCAAGGGAUCUCAAACUGGGGUUUGGAAAGAAGCUGGAUCUUUCAUUUCCAUGGCCAAAAGAGAAUAAAGGGGGCCCUGAGCAAUUGCCUGCAGAAUCCUCCCCUUCAAUUUUGGUUAUCUGUAGUGAUCAGGACCUUAACUCCAGUGAGGAUAACAAAGCUUUGGAACCUUCUCAAAUAUCUGGGGCCAGUGUUGAGCUCGCUAAGGCCUGCAAUCAGCCCUCUGGGACCUUCGAGCAGUUUGAGACCAGGCCAAAUGUAUGUACCUGUGGGCUUUCAGGGCCUGGAGAAGUGGAAAACCAGCAGGAAAUCCCAGCAUCUGGAGAACACUUGGGUACCAAGGGCAGCAACUUUUGUGGCCCCACGUAUUCUUCAGGGACACAUGAGGAAGAGUGUUGCCCUGUCUCUAAGCUACUUCACCAGACAGAAAAACAAGAUGAGGAGGCAGUGCCUGUUAGCACUGACUCUAUUUCAAAUGUACAGCAGCCAGUAACUCUGAAUGACAUCAAGGAGCCAAAGAUCAACAAAAGCCCCACCAGCAGUAGUAGGUAUGGCUCUUCCUGUAAUGUGAGUCAAGGAAGCUCUCAGCUGAGUGAACUAGACCAGUAUCAUGAACAAGAUGAUGACCGUAGAGAGAGAGACUCAAUUCAUUCCUGCCACAGCUCUGGAAGCUUUUCCAGAGAAGGCCAAGCAGGUUUUGGAGAACAAGAGAAAGCCUUGGAGGUGACAGAUGAAACAGAGAAGGAGAAAGCAUGUGAACCCAAGGAGAUUAAACAAGAUGCCAUGGCUCAUCCUCCCCCGCAUCUGGGGCUACACAAAGAGGAUGUCUUAGGCCCCCAGGAGAGUUUUCCUGAGGAGAAUGCAUCUUCACCGUUUACUCAAGCCAGAGCACGUUGGAUCCGAGCAGUUACCAAGGUUCGACUCCAGCUGCAAGAGAUUCCAGAUGAUGGUGACCCCUCUCUGCCCCAGUGGAUACCUGAAGGGCCAGCUGGAGGCCUUUAUGGCAUUGACAGCAUGCCAGAUCUACGCAGAAAGAAGCCACUGCCACUUGUCAGUGAUCUGUCAUUGGUCCAGUCUCGGAAGGCAGGCAUUACUUCUGCAAUGGCUACACGCACCUCUCUCAAGGAUGAAGAGCUGAAAUCCCAUGUGUAUAAGAAAACCCUGCAGGCCUUAAUCUACCCCAUCUCGUGCACCACACCCCACAACUUUGAGGUCUGGACAGCCACUACCCCAACCUACUGCUAUGAGUGCGAGGGUCUGCUUUGGGGCAUUGCCCGACAGGGCAUGCGCUGCAGUGAGUGUGGAGUCAAGUGCCAUGAGAAGUGCCAGGACCUGCUCAAUGCUGACUGCCUGCAGCGGGCUGCAGAAAAGAGCUCUAAACAUGGAGCUGAGGACCGGACCCAAAACAUUAUCAUGGCCAUGAAAGACCGUAUGAAGAUCAGAGAGCGAAACAAACCGGAGAUCUUUGAAGUUAUCCGGGAUGUCUUCACUGUGAGCAAAGUUGCCCAUGUGCAGCAGAUGAAAACAGUGAAGCAGAGUGUAUUAGAUGGCACCUCCAAGUGGUCGGCCAAGAUUACCAUCACUGUGGUGUGUGCCCAGGGCCUACAAGCCAAGGACAAGACAGGAUCCAGUGACCCUUAUGUGACUGUGCAAGUGGGCAAAACCAAGAAGCGUACCAAGACCAUUUUUGGAAACCUGAAUCCUGUUUGGGAGGAGAAGUUCCAUUUUGAGUGCCACAACUCCUCUGACCGCAUUAAGGUACGUGUGUGGGAUGAGGAUGAUGAUAUCAAGUCAAGAGUAAAGCAGCGGCUAAAGCGAGAGUCAGAUGAUUUCCUUGGCCAAACUAUCAUUGAGGUUCGGACACUGAGUGGCGAGAUGGACGUCUGGUACAACUUGGAGAAGAGGACAGACAAGUCAGCUGUCUCAGGGGCUAUACGACUACAAAUCAAUGUGGAGAUCAAGGGGGAGGAGAAAGUAGCCCCAUAUCAUGUGCAGUAUACGUGUCUCCAUGAGAAUCUUUUUCAUUACCUCACAGACAUUCAGGGCAGUGGAGGAGUCCGGAUUCCUGAUGCUCGAGGAGAUGAUGCGUGGAAGGUAUACUUUGACGAGACAGCCCAAGAAAUCGUGGAUGAAUUUGCCAUGCGCUAUGGCAUUGAGUCUAUAUAUCAGGCCAUGACGCACUUUGCAUGUCUGUCCUCCAAGUACAUGUGUCCUGGUGUGCCAGCAGUGAUGAGCACCUUACUGGCCAACAUCAAUGCCUAUUAUGCCCACACAACUGCGUCUACCAAUGUCUCUGCGUCUGAUCGCUUCGCAGCCUCCAACUUUGGGAAGGAGAGAUUUGUAAAACUGCUGGACCAGCUACAUAACUCACUGAGAAUUGACCUGUCCACAUACAGGAAUAAUUUCCCUGCUGGGAGCCCUGACCGGCUUCAAGACUUGAAAUCCACAGUGGAUUUGCUGACCAGCAUUACUUUCUUCAGAAUGAAGGUGCAAGAACUGCAGAGCCCUCCAAGAGCCAGCCAGGUGGUAAAGGAUUGUGUGAAGGCCUGUCUGAACUCCACAUAUGAAUAUAUCUUCAACAACUGCCAUGACUUGUACAGCCACCAGUACCAGCUGAAGCAGGAGCUGCCUCCAGAGGAACAAGGGCCCAGCAUUCGGAACCUGGAUUUCUGGCCCAAACUCAUCACACUUAUUGUGUCAAUCAUAGAGGAAGAUAAGAAUUCCUACACACCUGUUCUCAACCAGUUUCCUCAGGAAUUGAAUGUGGGAAAAGUCAGUGCAGAAGUGAUGUGGCACCUGUUUGCCCAAGACAUGAAAUAUGCACUGGAGGAGCAUGAGAAAGACCGGCUGUGUAAGAGUGCCGACUACAUGAACCUGCACUUCAAGGUGAAAUGGCUCCACAAUGAAUACGUUGGAGAUCUGCCUGCUCUCCAGGGGCAGGUGCCUGAGUACCCAGCGUGGUUUGAGCAGUUUGUGCUGCAGUGGCUGGAUGAGAAUGAGGAUGUGUCUGUGGAAUUCCUGCAUGGGGCCCUGGAACGAGAUAGGAAAGACGGUUUCCAGCAGACAUCAGAGCACGCACUCUUUUCCUGUUCUGUGGUGGACGUCUUCACACAGCUCAACCAGAGCUUUGAGAUCAUCCGGAAGUUGGAAUGCCCAGACCCUAACAUCCUUGCCCACUACAUGAGGAGAUUUGCUAAGACCAUCGGGAAAGUGCUGAUGCAGUAUGCAGACAUCUUAUCAAAGAACUUCCCAGCUUAUUGCACCAAGGAAAAACUGCCCUGCAUCCUGAUGAACAACAUGCAGCAAUUGAGAGUACAACUGGAGAAAAUGUUUGAAGCCAUGGGAGGCAAGGAGCUGGACCCUGAAGCUGCAGACAGUCUGAAGGAGCUUCAGGUGAAACUGAAUACAGUUCUGGAUGAGCUCAGCAUGGUGUUUGGAAACAGUUUCCAGGUGCGGAUUGAUGAGUGUGUUGGACAAAUGGCUGACAUCCUGGGCCAGGUUCGGGGCCCAGGGAAUGCAUCCCCCAACGCCAGGGCCUCAGUGGCUCAGGAUGCAGAUAGUGUGCUCCGGCCUCUCAUGGACUUUCUGGAUGGCAACCUGACACUCUUUGCCACUGUGUGUGAGAAGACGGUUCUGAAGCGGGUACUGAAGGAGCUAUGGCGAGUGGUAAUGAACACAAUGGAAAGGAUGAUUGUUCUACCCCCACUCACUGACCAGACGGGUACCCAGCUGAUCUUCACUGCGGCCAAGGAGCUAAGCCAGCUUUCCAAACUCAAGGACCACAUGGUGCGAGAGGAAACACGGAGUCUCACUCCCAAGCAGUGUGCAGUUCUUGACCUUGCCCUGGACACCAUCAAGCAAUACUUCCACGCAGGAGGCAAUGGACUGAAGAAAACUUUCUUGGAGAAGAGCCCAGAUCUGCAGUCUUUACGCUAUGCCCUGUCUCUGUACACACAGACCACAGACACACUCAUCAAGACCUUUGUGCGUUCCCAGACUGCCCAGGGGUCUGGUGCGGAUGAUCCUGUGGGAGAAGUCUCUAUUCAAGUGGACUUGUUUACACACCCUGGUACUGGGGAGCACAAGGUCACAGUGAAAGUGGUGGCUGCUAAUGACCUCAAAUGGCAGACAGCGGGUAUGUUCCGGCCCUUUGUGGAAGUGACCAUGGUUGGCCCACACCAAAGUGAUAAGAAGAGGAAGUUCACAACCAAGUCCAAAAGCAACAAUUGGACUCCCAAGUACAAUGAGACAUUUCACUUCCUCCUGGGAAAUGAAGAGGGGCCAGAGGCCUACGAGCUGCAGAUAUGUGUGAAGGAUUACUGCUUUGCCCGGGAGGAUCGCGUGCUGGGGCUGGCUGUGAUGCCUCUGAGGGAUGUGGCAGCCAAGGGCAGUUGUGCCUGCUGGUGUCCCUUGGGCAGGAAGAUCCACAUGGAUGAGACAGGCAUGACCAUUCUCCGGAUUCUGUCUCAGAGGAGCAAUGAUGAGGUGGCCCGAGAGUUUGUGAAACUAAAAUCGGAGUCUCGCACCACAGAGGAGGGAAGCUGAGCACCUUUGUCCCCUGUGCCAACCAGGCAGCACCACUUCCACAAAUCAGGGCCGGUGAGAUUUAGCUAUGUAGCCAGCUUAGGGUCCUUGUAGUAAAGAGGCUGACUCCUUCAGUUAAGGUUAUUUAAGGGAAAAACGGGUGAUGAGGGUAUGGCUUUCACAGAAAGGGCCAUGAAUCCCUGACCAGCAGGCCUGAGGUGCUAGGAACUGGGCUGUGAGAGUUACCAAAUAGGGAGAUUUUUCAUAAAGAGAGAGAGACAGACAUUCCUGAGAAUGUUAGUCAUUCUUGGUAGACACUCCUUCACUCUACACCCCUAUUUCUAACCACUCUCCCUACCAUACCUUAUCCAGUUAGUCACAUACACACCAAUCAUUAGAAGAACAAGUUUAGAAGUUCUAGAGCUUGUUCCUGGCUGGCUAGGUAGUCACUUAAGCCUACAGAUAUCAUUUGAGCCCUGUAGUCUGGACUGGGGUGUGGCCACAGCAGGAACACACAGAAUUCAGACUGUCCCUUGAGCAGAAUCCACCGAUUUUCUGUGGCUCCAAUGUGAACAAGGCUUUGAAACUGAACAAGAUGCCUUCCAGAAAUGAGCUGUGCUAACCCACAUCUCAGAUUAUAUGUCAUAAGUAGAGCCAGGUUCACACGGUGCUUCAGAGACCUGAGCAGAAUAUUCGUUGGAACCCAAGCGCUAGGGUCCACCUGCCUGGGAGUCCCCCUACCUCACUUCUGUAGGGCAGGGGAGUGAUGCUUCAGGACAUAGGAGGCUAUUCUUAUGUGAAUGGAUCUCAGGGGUACCUGAUGGACCCAGGAGAGAGGGCUGUAUUUCUUUCUUGGAUAGGCCCUGAACAAAGCCCAAAACUGUGGAGUCCAGUAUAGAAAGAUUCCCCCUCACCUAUGGCCUCUGCCUUCUGGCUGUCCUCCAAACCUUACAGAAAGAAUCUAGCCUUUGAACUCUCCUGUUUUCAUCUGGGUCAACUGCUGUUCCCCUCACAGAUGUUUACCCCUACAGAAGGAAGUUGGAAUAUGAUCCCUUUGUGCAGGCUGGAUGGAAAAAAAAGGGGCCUCAAUAUUCCCUGGGAGGUCAGAGACAAACUCUUUCAGGGGUCGUACAGCCUUCCCAGGCCUUUGUUCAGAGAUGUGAUACAAUCUUUGGAUCGCCUCGGUAGCAGCCUCCUGGACUUCCUGAGGAACUCAGCAUUUUCCACAGCUGUACUGGCCAUUACAUGAAACAAGAAACCAGGCAUCUUUGUUAUUGUUAAUUAUUGUAUGUGCCAUUGUGAAAUUAUAGGCUAGUCUGUAAUAAAUUAUCUUGUAGCAGC